AAUACAUGGCUUUAGCUUUACUCCUACUCAAAAACCCAUUAAAUAUUUCUCAAAAAAAUAAAAACCUCUCACUAAGUCCUCAUCAUUCUGUUGCACACCAGUGCAUAUAUCCUCCUUUUAUCUUUCUUAACCCACAAUCAAGCUUCUCCACUCUCCACUCUCCACUGCAAUGAGCUUAGCACCUUCCACUUCAGGCACAAUGAAGGCCUUUAGAGGAAAGUUACAUUUCCCAAUUAUCAUGCUCUGCACUAUUGCCUUCGUCAGUCUUCUUUACACUGAAAGAAUUAGUAUACUUCUUUCUUCAAACCCUUUUUUCAAGAUUAAGUCCUGUUCUAAAAGAGGUUCUGUCAUAAAAAAUGAUGAUCAUAGAAAUGCUACAGAGGAUAAGAUAGACGGUUCUGUAGUAGAUGAUAGAUUUGUGUUUGACCCGGAGGAGUGCAGUGUUGAGAAUGGAAAGUGGGUGUUCAACCGUUCUAUCAAGCCUCUUUACACAGACAGAAGCUGCCCAUAUCUUGACAGGCAAGUUUCUUGUCACAAGAAUGGACGGCCGGAUUCUGACUAUCUUCACUGGGAAUGGCAGAUAGAAGACUGCACCUUGCCAAGAUUUGAUCCAGAAGUUACUCUUGAGAAACUUAGGGGCAAGAGGCUAUUGUUUGUUGGGGAUUCUUUGCAAAGAGGUCAAUGGCAAUCUUUGGUCUGCAUGGUUGAAUUCAUCAUACCUGAGGACCAAAAGUCCAUUCGACGAGGGCGCGCUCAUACAGUCUUCAAAGCCAAGGAAUAUAAUGCUAGUAUUGAAUUCUACUGGGCUCCAUUUCUGGUUGAGUCGAAUUCUGACCUCCAUAUAAUAGGAAAUCCGAAGGAAAGAAUACUAAAAGUGGAUUCAAUUGCCAAGCAUGCCAAACACUGGGAAGGAGUUGAUAUCCUUGUGUUCAAUACUUAUGUAUGGUGGAUGAGCGGCUAUACCAUCAAAUCAUACUGGGGCUCAUUUCCAAAUGGGGAAGAAGGGUAUGAAGAACUAGAAGCACCAGCUGCCUACAGAAUAGCAUUGAAAACAUGGGCCAACUGGGUUGACUCAAAUGUCAAUCCCAACAAAACUCGAGUCUUUUUCACUACCAUGUCCCCUACACACAUGAGAAGUGCAGACUGGGACAACCCAGAAGGGAUGAGAUGCUUCAAUGAGACAAAGCCAUUCUUGAAGAAGGGGUUCUGGGGAACUGGUUCAGACAAGAGGGUCAUGCGCGUCGUGGCUGAAGUGUUGAAGAGAAUGAAAGUUCCUGUUUCAGUCCUGAACGUAACCCAGAUGUCAAAUCACAGAGUUGAUGCUCACACAAAAGUUUACACCGAGACCGGAGGCAAAGUACUAACAGAUGAGCAAAAAGCUGAUGUGCUGCACAAUUCAGAUUGCAUACAUUGGUGUCUUCCAGGAGUUCCAGAUACAUGGAACCAAAUAUUUUUGGCACAUUUGUAGCCAUACAUGUUUCAUGUUUGUUAAGCAACAACGAGAGAGGUAUCAAUUAAAAGUACCACCACGCAUAACUUCUUGCUGUUCAAUAUGAAUUCUUGUUUCAUUUGUUUACAUUGUAUUUGAAUUGAAUUGUACAGCCAAGCUGCUGAAGCAACUUGUUAGUGUGGUCUUUGUUGUCA